UUUAGCGUUGUCUGUGUACCUGCCCAUACGUUUUUUCGUCUCGGUGACAAGAAAUAGGUAACGAUAAAAAGAACGGUUGCUGAUGUUGCGGUCAAUAGUUUUCAUAUGUAUUAGUGAUAUAAAGACUUUCCAACAUGUCAGAUUCAGACUCUGAUCCAGAGUUUGUGGACUUCGACAUCAGACACGGGGCGAAAUUUAUAUAUGAGAACGACAGUCCUUUUGUAGCCCUGCAACCUCCAGAUGCUAUAUAUGAGCGAUGGAAUAAAAUUCCUGUCAGUUUGAAAAAGAAAGCUGCCCAGUUGAUGCACGUGUGUGGCUUUUGGUACCACAUUCUCCUGUGUCGAGGGAAUCACAACACCACACGCUGGGCUGUGCAAGUGGGCUUCAUAGACUCAAAUGUCAGCAACGAUUUGAGCCUGAAGAGACUGCAUAGGAUAGAAAUUUUGGAAGCUAUCCUGAGAGCAAUGGAUAAAGGAUGUUUAUUAGAUGAGCAAACAAGACACAUGGUCUGGAUAAGUAAUAAGUUUAACUUGCAUGUGCCGGAGGCCCUGGAUGAUGCAAUGCGCUGGCUUGAAUGGACAGGAGAGCACCGGAUCAAGCAGCGGGUUCAGGAGCUGGGCCCCAGCAGGAACUGCUUUGCUGCCCUUCAGUUCAUCUUCACGGAGUAUGCUCACUAUACCCAGGCCAUGGGUGCUAACAGGAAAAAACUUAUGUCUGAGCUUGCAAAGGGCCCUGACCAAUGUUCUAAUGAGAGAAGUGAGGAGAUGAAGAGUAAAGGAAAUGAUCAUUUUCAGAAAAAGAAAUACGAUUCUGCAGUGAAGUGUUAUUCAAAAGCCAUCAAAUAUAACCCUUACAACCACAUCAUCUAUGGGAAUCGAGCACUUUGCUAUAUCCGUUGUGAAAAAUAUCUAAAAGCUGUUGGUGAUGGUAAACGAGCUGCUUUGUUACAACCAGAGUGGGCAAAGGGUCACUAUCGGUACUGUGAGGCUCUCUUCCUCCUGGGGGAGCGUACGCGAGCGAUGGAGGCCAAUGAGUGGGCCCUGACCCUGUGCAAGUCUGACCCAGAGGGCAUGAAGGACCUGCUGCAGCAACAUGAGAAGUUCCUCUCCGAGAUGGAGGCCAGACGCCUCUCUGCAGAGGAUCGCAGAGUUGGAACAUCCAGUAAAACUGCGGCUAAAAUUGUGACAAGUAAAAGAACGGAAAGUACCACCAGAGGCAACACUAUGGAGACAUCACAACAGACUGCUAAACCAGUCAGUAGGGUUGAGCCUUCCAGCAAGAGCAAUGUUCUUGAGAAUAAGUGCUUGGAUGUCAAAUUGGAAUGUCAGACACAACCAGGGAAAGAUGAAGGGAGCGCAGAUUCGGUGGAUUAUACCCAAAGGCCUCAAGACACAAAAAGGGAAAUGGCUGAUAAAAAGAGAAGCAAACCAGAGCCAAAUGUGUCAGAGAAAAUAAAAGGGAAGGGCAGAAAUCAGCAUUCAAAGGAGAAGAUGGUCAUUUUAAGCUCCGGGGUCCCGAGUUUGCGGGACGUGCUGGUGUCAGCUGUGCAGGAAGCUCACAUGGCCCUAUCUGACCAGCGCUACCACAACGCAGAGAAUGCUUUCUCCAGUGCCCUCAGUAUCCUGGAUACCAGCACGCCAAAGGAACUUGGCCUCUGUGCUCUUGACCAAGUUGUACUAAUUUAUGGCCAUGCCACAGCUCUCAUACAGAUUGGUCAACCUGAGAAACUUGCUGGGGCUCUAAAGGACUUUGAAAAGAUCAAAACCUUUGAAGAGAGGACAUUUCACUGUCUGGUUUUUUAUGGAAUUGGAAAGGUGUAUCAGAAGGAGAACAGAUUUUCAGUUGCCCUGGAACAGUUUUUGAAUUCUAUGCAAGUGGUCAAGAAAAAUAUAACACCUGGUAAACUGACCUGGCCCACUACAAAGGUUAUUGUUGAAGAAACAAAGCCAGACUAUUUCAAGGAGCUUCUUGAAGAUUCCAUAGACAUGUGCAGGUUUCCACCUAACCCAGAUGCUAUUUGUCGGCAUCACAGUUGUCAUGGACAUUCCAAAAUAGAAAUCUACUUCACAGAUCCAGAUUUUAAGGGUUUUAUUAGGAUGGUUUGCUGCCAAAGCUGCAAAGUGGAGUAUCAUAUUAGCUGCUGGAAAAAGUUGAAAGCCACUGUUUUUCCUGAUAAAAAUGAGAAGGAUUUCUUGCAGGGAAUGUGCUUCACUCCAGACUGCGGGAGUAGAAUCUGUCAUAUUGUAAUCUAUGGUUCAACAGGUCUUGUCAAAUGUGAGUUUGAAGCGUCUAUUGAAAAACCUACCGGCACAACAAAAUUGAGAGUUAAGCAGAAAUGUACAAGUCUGAAGACGUUGAAAGCCAAAGAGGACCGUAAGCUCAGGCGGAAGCAACGUAGGCAGGAGGCUUCAAUCAAUACACAAGACAAGAAUGAUCAGAGAGUUUUGGAGAACCAAGAGGCCGUUGCUGUAGGCCAGGAGAACGCUUCAUCAACCACCAACUGGCAGUCUUAUGAAGACCGUGUUUUGCUUCAGAUCCACAACAGCAAAGAACUGUUCCGGCAUGAGAGCCACAAUGUUUCUGUCCUGAUGAAGAAUUUAAAGCCAUGGAUGGACCUGGACCAGUUUAAGGGGAACAAGCUGUGCAUGUAUGCCAGGCAGCCAGAGACACUGGGGGCUGUGGUAGAUAUCCUUCUGGAAAGGAAGAACCGGGUGUGGGCCCGUAUCUUUAUCCAGAGCCUGAGCAGCUGCCUGGACACCAGCCCCAAGCUGCACGACUGGGCCCAAGAACUGGAGAGGGCAGGUCUAAAUGCAGCUGGACUGUUUAUUGACCGAUAUGCAGCACACCUUGAGCAGCUGGACUUGGCGCCUUUGCUCAGUUUUCCCCCUGUGCAAGACAUGCUAAUAGAGAAGUUUGGAACCAUGCCUAUGUUUUUUAGCAGUCAUGGUCUUACUGUAACAGAAUAUCUUAAGCAGGCUCCUCCACAUGAGAAAAGGUUGUUUAUCUGGACGUUGGAGGAACACCGAGACCAGUAUACUUCCUGCCACACUGUGCUGGAUGAGUAUUUUGAAAUAAUGGAUGGGUUUUGUUUAGUGAUUAAAAAGACGGAUAUUGAAAAUAAACUUAAUUCUCCUAUUAAAGCUAAGAACAGAAAUCGCAAAAAAAAGCAGAAGGAUGCAAAGGGGUCCGUUAUUGUCCUGUCCGGAAUGAGAGGAGGAGCCUCAAGGGAUGAGGACGACGAUAAUUUUUUUGAUGGGGAUGACUCUCUCAGAUUGUUUGGAGACCUCACUGACCCAUUCAGCGUUCCCCAUCAUCUUCGACAUCAGGUAGCAGAGUUUGAAGGACAGUACAAUACUGGCAGCCAUAGUAGCCACUACAAGAGAAUACUGGACAACAACCCUGACCCAACAAAGGAGAGUUUGUAUGACUACUUCGCCCAGAUCCUGGAGAAGUACGGCCCACUAGAGACCCAGGACCCCCUGCUGGUGGGCGAGUUUGAGAAUUUUCCCCCUGACACCCAGAUGAUGAUCCAGGAGGCCGGCGGACUGAAGUUAUUCCUCCUGGAGUCGCUACGCUUUGUUAUGAUUGAAGACCAUGUGGGCCUCAUGAAGCAUGCAGUAUCCCUGCAGGAAGCCAACUCUCAGAUAAUGGACGGUCUGGAAUCUGUAGGGGAUGUCUCCAAUAGUCUCUCUCUUAACCCAUCUGCUUAUGAGUUCCUUCCAAAGUUUCAAGACUCUGGACCUUGGGGUUAUAACGAAGAGUCGAUGGCUACUAUACCUGUACAGCCUAACCAGGUUCAGGUGUGCCCUGGUCUUCCCAGUCCGUAUGUUUACCCUGUUUUUACCCUGAAUGCUAAUGGAGUAGCAGGUGCCGAUGACAAUUUCCAUAACAACUAUGACCCGGUUAACCUUGAGGACCUAGACCUUUAUAUUGGCGAUGUGGAUGAACAAGGACCCUGGGAGACUGUGUCUGCUCCUGUUACACAUGGAACUGUAGCAGCAGUACCUGGCAAGAUUGCAGCCGAAGUGCAGGUAUCAGCUUUUGACUCCUUGAGUGAAGUUGCGGUUAACACAGAGCCUUAUGAGAUUUUUGAAGGGAAAAAUGGAGACAUGACCAAGAAAGAGAAAAGUAAUGCAGAAUUUGAGCAGCAGAUCGAGCAGAUGAAGCAGGAUUACGACACGGUGAUACAAAGGCGCCAACAGGAGAUCUCUGACCUGGAAGGAGAGCUAGAGCAUGUCAACCAUUCAAUACAGAUCACACUCAAAGAGCUGGGCCUGUUCCGACAGAAGCUGGAGGAAGAGGUUAAGAAGGAUCAACAAGAGAAGAAAGAGAACCAAGACAUCCUGAAGACCUUAAAGGCUGAGAUUAAGGAGCUGGCCGAGUCACAGGAGAGUAUUUCCAAGAGCAUUCAUGAGAAGAACAAGGAGUAUGAGACAUGCCUGAAUAAUUUCCUGGAGCUGAGUAACCAGUCAGCCACGGAGAAGAUGAGCCUGGAGGACGAAAUCAAGAGGUGCAGGGACUCGUGUGCCAAGGCAACCCGGAGGUCUCAAGGAGCAGAGCUGUCUGUAUUAGAGAACCGUCGUGAGCGUAGCCUGCGCUGCCUCUACAAGUUUCUCUCUGACACUAAGGCCAUCCUGGCACAGCUCAAGGAAGGAGCAACCAGGUUCCCUUUCCCACUCCUCCAGUCAGCAACAGAUGCCUGGGAAGCAUGUUUUCACCAAGCAGAAGAGAGAGUCCGUGCAACUGAGGCCCAGUACCAAGAGCAGAUGGAGCAGGUGAAGAGGGGAACCAGGCUGUGUACUCUGCCCCUAGUGGCUGUCCCUAGCAUUCCCCAGGCCCCAACCAUACCGAUGCUGUUCCCCCCCCACACUCACCAGCAGCUCCCAUACCCCCCAAUGCACAUGAGAGGCCCCGUAUAUGUCCACCAGAAUGCGCCAAGAGCCGCAUCAGUUCCAGCCAGGACUCCAAGUGUUGUUUCACAGCCAAGCACGGUUGUAGAUCCCUACAGACCUAGUGGCGGUGUCCCAAGGCCUUCCCAGCCCCAGCAGAACCAUGCUUCCAGACCACUGGCCUCACAGCCCAACAGUGUGUAUGAGAAAAUUGUGGGCCGCCUACGCGUCAUGUUCCCCCACUAUAGCAGGGACGUACUGUGUAAAUUUAUUGGGGAGAUGCGCACAGAAAAUGGAGGUACCCUGAGUUCCCUGUCCUACGAGGAGGUCAUCAACAGAGUGGCCCAACUGAUACUGGACCACCAGGACACCACCAGGGAGCAGCUGACCAGUGUGGAUAGAGGUGACCCUGGGUCUCCGCUGUGUGUGACCCCAUCCCGAUCCAACUCCCCCGCCUCAGUCCGCUCCACCGGAACCCCUCCCCCUGCCCAUGUCUGGAAGACUGGGGUGGCCAACAAGCGAUCCCAGUCCAAGGCACUUAACUUGGAGGAUCCAUGUAUCAUUUGUCAUGAUGAAAUGUCCCGGGAGGACUUGUGUGUGCUGGAGUGCAGACACAGCUUCCACAGGGAGUGCAUUAAGUCAUGGCUGAAGGAACAGAGCACCUGUCCAACCUGCAGAGAGCACGUUCUCCUGCCCGAGGACUUCCCUCUGCUGCCCGGAAGAAUACGCAAGAGCUUCAUGCCCGCCACCUUUUCCUAAACACCCCCAGCUUUCUACCCUUAACCCUCCCAGGUUUAUACUUAAUACCUGAAUUCCAAAACAUUUUUAGUCAAUGCUCACCUUCUCCAUUCAUACUCAACACUUCUGUAAGAUGUUGCAGUUGGAGACAGAACUUGGACCAAAAUCAAGUGUGAUAACUAUUUACUCCCUCUACUGUGGUUAUAGACCAGUCUAUAUCAUGAAAGGAACGUUUGGUUUUGUAUUUUUAUUUAGUUUUUGUUUGAGCUUACAUGUUUGCUUUCAUUUAAUGUUUUCGUAAUUGAGUCUGUUCAUUAAUCACAGCAUGGUUUUUGUUAAAAACAUGCUUGAGUGAGGUAGUUUUAGUUGGGGCUGGUUUUGUCAAUGCUCUGCUGCGUAAGCCUUCUCAUGCCUUAAGUGCUCAUGCCAGGUUUGACUCUGUUGCUUUGUGAGGCUUCGGUGUUUCAAAAGUAAUCUGUCAACUUUUCUAAUGCCACUUACAUUUUAUGUAAAAAAGUUUGAUUUGCAUUUUAAGAUUUUAACUCAAUUAAAUAUCUUAUCAGAUUUG